CAGAUUCAGAGGAGACUCUUGGUGCAUGUACUGAGAAAAUGCAGGCCCCCGCUCCAUAUAACUGGAGUGCUGACUGGAGCUUUUGGCCUCUGCAAAUAGGAGGGGGGCUGGGCCAGAGAAGGGGACAUAAUGACACUAGAACACAGACCUGUGCCUGCCAGUGGCCAGCUGGAAGAGUGCCCUGUGCUUAGGAGACUCUCCUCUCCAGAGCAGCUCAGGGUGAAUGAAGAGGAUCCGAAAAUGAAUAUCUCAAGUUCCACUUAUAAAUAUAGGAGUGAGGAGUUUAAGAGACAGUUUUCACAUCUGCCAGAUUUGGAGAGGCUCAUAGUAGAUUAUGCCUGUGCCCUCCAGAAGGAUAUUCUGCUGCAGGGACGCCUGUACCUCUCUGAAAACUGGCUCUGUUUCCACAGCAACAUCUUCCGAUGGGAGACCACAAUUUCUAUUGCCUUGAAGGAUAUAACCUUCAUGACAAAGGAGAAGACUGCGCGGCUCAUCCCAAAUGCCAUCCAAAUCGUAACCAAAGGGGAGAAGUUUUUCUUCACAUCCUUCAGUGCUAGAGAUAGAAGCUACCUCAGUAUCUUCCGCUUAUGGCAGAAUGCACUGCUGGACAAGAGACUGACCAAACAGGAGUUCUGGCAACUGGUACAACAGAGCUAUGGCUCUGAGCUGGGCCUGAACAGUGAGGAGAUGGAGAGCUUUUACUCCUCCUCUGAAGACAAUGGACAAUCUAGAUCCAGCAUUUGUGAUGAUUCUGGAGACAGAGAUGAAAAAUUACCCAAAGCAAUCCGUGAAAUUCAUGAACCCAUCAUUCAGAUAAUAGAGGCAGAGCCAUUCCAUGGAAACACACUGACAGGAGGGUCUGAGCAGGAGGAAUCCCAAAAUGAGAAACAGGACAAGAGGAGCCCUCAGUUGCCUUCAGAAAAUAAACCAGUUAAGCUAGAGAGACACAGGCUCCCAGCACAGUCCCUGGAGCCGAUCGAGAAUGAGAAUCUUCUGGAGAAGAGCAGUGCCUCAGAUAGCGAGGAAGAAGCCAAGGAGACUGUCCCUGAGAAUGACCUGCACGGGAGACUCUUUAUUAAUAGAGUUUUCAAUAUCAGCGCAGACAAGAUGUUUGAGAUGCUUUUCACCAAUUCUCAUUUCAUGCAGAGAUUUCUCAACACCAGGAAUAUAGUAGAUGCUGUAUCGACCCCUUGGAAUAUGGACGGCAGUGGCAAUCAGUUGAGGACCCUCACCUACACUAUAAUGAUUAACAAUCCGCUCGCUGGGAAGUACACAACUGCAACAGAAAAGCAGAUCCUGAAUAAACUGAGCCAGAAAGGUCAGUCUUACUGGGUAGAUGCAGAGGUGCUGACACAUGAUGUCCCAUACCAUGAUUACUUCUACACUGUGAACAGAUACUUCAUCACCCGCACAUCCAAUCAGAAAUGCAGAUUACGGCUUUCCACAGAUGUGAAAUACAAAAAGCAGCCAUGGGGCCUCAUCAAGUCUCUAAUUGAGAAGAACACCUGGAGCGGGAUAGAGGAGAAUUUCAAACAACUUGAAUCAGAUCUGCUAGUGGAAGAAUAUGCAAUAAACCAAUCUAUAGAAGAUCCUGGGAAACUUAUUGCCCUAAGAAGACGACGACGGCAUUUACACCGGAAUGUGGCAGAGCUGCUUCCUAAGCGUUCUUCACAGCACUCUUCUGGGAACAUGGGACUAGAGGCCCAGGGCAACAUAGUAGGAAGGAAAAGGGAUGCUGCAAGGAAGACCACAGCCAUCAUUGUGGUAAUGAGCAUCUUUUUGCUGCUCUUGGUUUUGCUGAAUGUGACUCUCUUCCUUAAACUAUCAAAGAUAGAGCGUGCAGCUCAGUCAUUUUACCGGGUCCACCUUCAGGAUGAGAAGUCUUUAAACUUAGCCCCAGACAUGGUGUCCAGAGAGGAUAUCCCUCAGCGUGACAAGGAACAGGUUCAGCAGGUGAAGGGAGUGCUGCAAGACUCUAUUGCAAUGCUUGAACAGCUGAAGAGCUCCCUUUCUAUGCUUCAGAGAAGCUUUGAUCACCUGAACAAGACCAAGAGUGAUGAGACUGAGAGUUAACAUUAUCAACGCCCACAACUCAAGAUGUCAUGAGAAUGAAGAUGCUGCCUGUCUGUUUGAGGGUGGGGGUUUUGACAUUCUGUUGUCUCAGGACUUUUUACUAUUUUUUGCUCAGCAGCUGCUGGUGCAGCUAAUAAAGACCUCUGGAUAAAACAGGGCAAGUUCUGAGGUCCUGUAACUCUGAGAAUCUCUCCCCACCACACCCAUAUAUGUGGUUUUCUUAUGAACAAGCCAGAGGUAUAAAUGAGUGAGAACAUUGUACUGUACUGUGUAACUGUGAUGUGCAAAUUACAGAGAAGAGCAACCUCAGCACAGCAAUGAUUGUAUCUAAUGAAAUCUGAACUCUUUUAUAUUGAUUUGAAGAAUCAUUGGCACUAAGCUACAGCAGGGGCAGGACAGGGGAUGUUCUGUAAAGAAAUAACAGCAGGUAGUGGUUUCACAUAGCCAGGGUAUUCAUAUGCUCCUUCACAGACAUACAUACUGUGUAAAACAAGUCAGCAGUUUGAAAUACCCAUAUUUAUUUUUUUAAGACUGUAUUUUUUUGUUUCACUCACAGUGAAAGAGCUCUGUGUUUAAUCUCUUAUUAAAUUGUUCUGCAUACUGA